UGGGUUGCUUUGUCAGACUUUUUUAUAGCGUUACACGACGACGCAUGUCACGCAUCUAAACGCCGUUUCCAAAACAGCGUUUUGCGUCUCGACAAACAACAAUCAAAAUCUCCUUACUCUGUCUCCGUCUCUCUGGUUUUCGAUUUCGUGAAUCCAAUUUUUGUGUGUAUGUAUUCGCUUCGUCUCUCCAUUUUUCUUCGUCUUACGUUUACGUAAUCCAAUGGCGAUUAGAUCCUCGGGAAGAAAACUAUCAUUUGAGAUUCUCAGCCAAAACAGCUCCUUUGAGAAUGAUGAUACAUCAAUUCGCCGAUCCAGCUCAGAUCCAAUUACCGGAAACGUAGCUUCAGAAUCACCUAGAGACUACGGGAAACGAAAGAGAUCGAAGAAGAAGAAGAAGAAAGUGAACCAAGUCGAGACUAUUCUAGAGAAUGGAGAUUCUCAUUCAACGAUCAUCACCGGUUCAAGUGGUGAUUUUGGAGAGACUACAACGAUGUUUGAGAACAGAUUGAAUUACUAUGGUGGUGGUGGUAGUGGUAGUAGUGGUGGUGGUUGUGUCGUGACUCUAUUAGAUGGGCAAACUGUUCAUCAUAAUGGGUUCAAUUUUGGUGAGUUAAGGCAGAGGAAUGUUAAUGGUAGUGUUGAUGGGAGUAAUGAUGAGCGGUGGUCUGAUACUUUGAGUUCUGAUAAGAAGUUAUAUAUGGAGGAGACUAGUGUGGAGCUAAGCCCUUCUGAGAAUCCACCGUUUCAAGAAGUGCAGCAUCAGUUUCCAAGAAGUGAGAUUAAUGGGAAUGUGGUUAGGAGAUUAGAUACAGAAGCUUCUUUGGAUUGGAAACAGCUUGUGGCUGAUGACCCUGAUUUUCUUUCUGCUGAGACGAGGUCACCUAUGAAAUACUUUAUGGAGGAAAUUUAUGGUGGGAUCUCAUUACGGAGCACAACGACUCCUGGGAAUGAUAUCGAGCGCGAAAGAAUAUAUGAUACAAUCUUCCGUUUGCCAUGGCGAUGUGAAGUGCUUAUAGAUACUGGCUUUUUUGUCUGCGUCAACUCAUUUCUGUCAUUGUUGACAGUCAUGCCAAUAAGAGUCCUGCUGAUAUUUAUGGAUGCAUUUAAGAACAGGCAGUUCAGGAGGCCCUCUGCAUCGGAGCUGUCUGAUCUGGCUUGUUUUCUAGUUUUGGCCACUGGUACCAUUCUUCUCGGGAGAACAGAUAUCAGCCUAAUUUACCACAUGAUUCGUGGUCAAAGUACCAUAAAACUCUAUGUGGUUUAUAAUAUCUUAGAGAUAUUUGAUAGACUCUGUCAAAGUUUUUGUGGAGAUGUAUUUGGAGCCCUAUUCAGUUCUGCAAAGGGACUGUCGAUUUCUCCUCCUGAGAAACUGAGAUUUUCGACUUGGAGAUUUGUUUCUGACCUAGCAUUAACUAUGGCUGCCUCAAUUCUCCAUUCAUUCAUUUUAUUAGCUCAGGCAAUUACGUUGUCAACUUGUAUUGUUGCUCACAACAAUGCCUUGUUGGCCCUUCUGGUGUCAAAUAACUUUGCUGAGAUCAAGAGCAGUGUCUUUAAGCGUUUCAGCAAGGACAACAUUCAUGGUCUAGUAUAUGCGGAUUCAAUAGAGAGAUUCCACAUAUCGGCCUUCUUGGUGUCAGUUUUGGCUCAAAAUAUUCUCGAGUCUGAAGGUGCAUGGUUUGGAAAUUUCAUCUACAAUGCUACUACGGUCUUCUUCUGUGAGAUGAUGAUAGACAUCAUCAAGCAUUCAUUUCUUGCCAAGUUCAAUGACAUCAAACCUAUAGCGUACUCUGAGUUUCUUCAAGCCCUCUGCGAGCAGACUUUGAACAUUCGUCCGGAAGAUAGAAAGACAAAUCUCACCUUUGUUCCCCUUGCACCUGCUUGUGUGGUGAUCCGAGUACUGACACCAGUAUACGCAGCACACUUGCCAUACAGUCCACUCCCAUGGAGAAUGUUGUGGAUGGUCAUCUUAUUCGUCAUAACAUAUAUAAUGCUCACAAGCCUCAAAGUUCUCAUCGGCAUGGGACUGAGAAAACAUGCAACUUGGUAUAUUAAUCGAUGCCGAAGAAGAAACUCCUCCCAUCUCCACAAUGAUUAGGCUGAAGAUCAUCUUUUGUGAUCUUAUUAUACGUGUUUAAAUAUUCGAUGAAGCGAUUUUUGUUGUGGUUAGGCAUAUAUACAUAUGUACAAAGAAAGAGACCUCAUGGAUCAUUUGGCAAAAAGCCAUCACAAGACAAAGAAUAGCUAUUACUCU